AAUGCACGGAGAGAAACGGCUUGUUUACAGCCGUCAUUUCUUGUUUAAAACAGUCGUAGUGCAAAUAGAAACUCGUUUCUUUUUUGGUACAAGCACAAGUACAAGUGAAAUUGAGUGUUACCAUUAUUUAAAAUGUAAUAAAAAGGUGGUCCAUUGACAAAGGUGUACAAAAAUACCUUAAAUUUUGAAAAACCAAGUCAAGUCCAGUGAUGAAUCCGCCAACUGACGAUCCCUUGCAGUACUGUCGGUUUUGUUUUUCGCAAUUCCGAGUGGAACCACUGCUUUCCAAUGGUCCAAAGGACGAGCAACUGGUCAACCAAAUCAGUUCCCUUAUCCAGAUCGAGCUGGAUCCCAACCAGGCUGCGACCACUGCGAUUUGCUCAAUGUGUCGCCAACAGUUGGCGGAAUUUCAACUGUUCCGCGAUCGGUGCAACCACCACGAUGCCAUCGUACGGCAAAAGAUCGAUGGCAAUCAAUGUAGCCAAAAUGAUCUUUGGUUCGCUGUGGAACCUUUGGGCGAUGGUGAAGAUUCUGACGGAGGCAUCGGUCCACCGACGAAAAAUGACCCACUUCAGGAUGCUUCUGAUGUUGUUUCGAAAAGGAGAACAAGAGACAGCUUUUGGCGAGCCAUUUCGCAGGACGUUGGUGUCAUUCCAGAUCACAUCAAACGCGCCCUCGAACUGACCGGAUUCUAUCGAAAUGCGUCACUAGGGAUGAUCUCGCCUAUGACAAUCAAACAGAUCGAACAGGACAUGCGCGAUACGGUGGAGUAUGUGACCUCCAGUAAGGGUUCACUGGGAGGAAAUCGAUGGGAGGUUCUCCGACAGCAUUACGGCGCAGUUUAUUGCAAAAAUCCGUCGAAAUUCAAAUUCCUAGCUGGAGAAGUGCAGACAAUCCUUUCGAUUACGGCUGCCGUCCAAGAAAAUGGGAUAAACGAGUAUCUGAGCAAAGCAUGCGUUACACACAGCCGUAAAGAACGGUUGAAUGCGGCGGAUGAACCGGAUGAUGCUGAAACACUAACAGAGAAACUGGCCGAUAAGAUUCAGGAUUACUACAGACAACAUGCCAACGAUAGUGAAGAGUUUGGAGCAUUUUUCGCGAGGCUGCCGGGCGUGGAUAGGUGCGUCGUGCGCUAAAGGGAGGACGGAACCAUUAUAGGACUUAUGUACUGCUCGUACUGUAACAUGCACCUGCAAGUUACUAGGGAUGGUAACUCGUGGCGCAUUCACAACUUUGUGAAACACUGCCAGCAGCACUACCGGGUGGAGUACCGAACGGUGAAGAAAAAGUGAGCCAAGGAUGAUCGAAAGCACGCGACGGUUUUUUAGUUUACUGGAUAGUGACUAGUAAAUGCGAUGCAAAAUACAUAAAUGAUUAGGUGAUUGACUGAAAACAACUUGUUUUUAUCUUUCUUGAUUGUAAAUGAAUGUUUUUAAGACCUUUGAAAACUGGUUGUAAUAUAAAUAUUGUUGAUUGCUA